GCCUCACAUCCGACAUGUCGCAAAGACAUUGCAUAUUGUACUGUUCAGCACUAUGUUCAAGGUCAUUCGUUCUAGGUACUUGUCCACCGGGAUGCUGAAAAGUCUUGCGGAUAUACCGACUUGGUGUUCAGUCGCCAAAGCAACAGGUGAUUCAGUGUCGAAUUUAGAAUCACGUAUUAGUUUAUGGCGUGGAGAUAUAACACAUCUCCAAAUCGACGCUAUUGCAAAUGCUGCGAAUUCUCAGUUGAGAGGUGGUGGGGGAGUUGAUGGUGCAAUACACAGAGCAGCUGGCUCACAAUUGUUAGCAGCUUGUCAAAAACUUGGUGGUUGCCCAACUGGUGAUGCAAAACUUACUCCAGGUUUCAAUUUACCUUCCAAAUAUGUAAUUCAUUGUGUCGGACCAGUUGGACGAGAUGAUGCGGCUUUGGAGUCCACAUACCGAAAGGCAUUGGAGCUAUGCUCUGAGCACAAUAUCCAGUCCAUUGCAUUUCCUUGCAUAUCUACAGGGGUUUAUGGUUUCCCUAAUGAAGCAGCCGCCAAGGUUGCACUUCGUACAGUGCUUUCCUAUCUUAAAUCUCAUCAAGAGAUUCAACGUGUAAUCUUUUGUAUAUUUAUGGAUGUUGAUUAUAAAAUUUAUGAAAAUUUAAUUCCAGAGAUGUUGGAUUCUUAUAAAUAACUGAGUCCGUGUUUUUCAUUAUUGAAGCAUUUAUUUUUUGACGACUAUUCUUCAAGUUUCUGUUUAUAAAUAUGUAUGAAACGAAUAAAAUUUUAUGCUCGGUUAUUUUGUUGUAUCAUGAGUUAUACAUCUUUUCCUCGUACAUUGGUCUUCAAAUAUUUUAUUUAUCUUCAUCACACCUCUUUUAACUACUCUAAAAGCACAUUUUUUGCUCUCUGAUCAAAUGUUAGUGUAGUUUAAAAAUCGGUUUUUUCUCGGGUUUUCUACCAGCUUUCCAGGCGUUGGACAGAUAUGUAAUAGAAUGUCUACGCUCAUCAAAUUAAGACACUAAGUAUCCAAAUAAGAAAUGUGUUGAGGAUUUUAGAUCCACAGGACUCGCUUGAUAAAUGCCUUAUUUUGGAUUUCACGAUUGCGAGCAUGGGCUGAUCAGUUGACCUUGAGGUUUCAUUUCCCAGGAAAAUCCAUGGCCAUGAUUGGCUGCUGUGUAUUUUAGUGUGCUAUUUUCGUAACUGUCCCAAAGACGUUUCUAUGAUGUAUAAAUAAACGAGAGUUGUGUGCUUGAUUGUAUUGUGAUUGCUGGGUGGUUGUAGAAUAUACUUUCUACGCUU